CUACACUUUGUGCUGAGUGCAGCUGCGGAGGGCUGCUUACUAUUUCAAAUGAAACGCAGACAAAGAAACAGUGUUUACAGUAGUGAGGAGGAUGAGGAGGAGAAUGAGAUGUAUGAUCAUGAUUACGAUGGAUCGUUGACCAAAGCCGGGAAGCGUCACCUUGGCAAAACACGCUGGACACGGGAGGAGGAUGAGAAGCUAAAGAGGCUUGUUGAACAUCAUGGAUCAGAAGACUGGAAACUCAUUGCAAACCUAUUAACCAAUCGUACAGAUGUGCAGUGCCAGCACAGGUGGCAAAAGGUUCUCAACCCCGAACUCAUUAAGGGGCCAUGGACCAAAGAGGAAGACCAGAGGGUGAUCGAGCUGGUCCAAAAGUACGGAGCCAAGCGCUGGUCGGUGAUCGCCAAGCACCUAAAGGGACGGAUCGGCAAGCAGUGCCGGGAGCGCUGGCACAACCACCUGAACCCGGAGGUGAAGAAGACCUCGUGGACCGAGGAGGAGGACAGAAUCAUCUACCAGGCACACGAGAAGUUGGGCAACCGCUGGGCAGAAAUCGCUAAGCUGCUCCCCGGCAGGACCGACAAUGCCAUAAAGAACCACUGGAACUCCACCAUGAGGCGGAAGGUGGAACAAGAGGGCUAUCUCCAGAGCACGCCAAAGAGCAAUAACUCCGCGCUCCCCAUCAGCCACAGCUUCGUCAAGACCGCCAUAAUGGCUUUCCCGCACCACUCGCCCAACCAUGCACAGCUGUCUCCCUUCCACUACCCCUACAUAUCAGACACACACAGAGUGCCGUUCAACAUGACCAUGCAUUUGAACUUUCCCCAGCCUGGAACUGCUGCUAUACAGAGACACUAUAGUGAGGAGGACCCUGAGAAGGAGCAGAGGGUGAAGGAGAUUGAGCUGCUGCUCAUGUCGACGGAGAACGAGCUGAGAGGCCAGCCAUCACUACCAAUGAACGUGCCCUAUCCAAGCUGGGCCACUCAGAGCUGUCUGACCAAUGGUUCAAACGGGGCGGCCACGUCUCUACCUCAUCACCAGGCGGCGGCCCCGGCCAUGCCCGUCGACCAGAGCUGCCUACCGGAGGAGAGCGCCUCUGUGACGCGCGCCUACAGCAAUACCGGCAGCCACAGCAACAGCCAGCAGAGCAGUCCUGCAUUCACCAGCUCGAUCCCGGAGUACAUGGAAUCUGUCAUUGAUUCAUUUCUCAACCAGUCAAUGAGCCCAGAACACUCAGACAACGACACUUUACCCGUGGGCUCGCCCGUGGAGUCCAAACCCCUGAUUGACCAGACCAUCAGGCACCAGAAAGAAAAUGAAAUGUUCCAAACCCCAAACAUCCGUCGAUCGAUCCUCGAGUCCACCCCUCGCACCCCCACGCCUUUCAGAUCAACCCUGGCCCUUCAGGAGGCAAAGUAUGGGCCCCUCAAACUACUGAAUGCCACUCCGGAGCAGCAGAGAGUUGUGUCCAUCAAGCAGGAGCCCAUGGAGUGUCCGACUGAGCCGCCUGCACAGAAGAAGAUAAAACAAGAGGUAGAGUCACCGACUAACAUGAGCCCCUGCAUGCCGUGGGACGGAUACGACCAGCUCUACACACCCAACGGCUCUGCUCAGCAAGUCACUGACCUUCUCACCAGCUCGGUACUGAGUCAAGACGGACACAAAACCUACCAGCUCCACCACAGAGGCACCAACAGUCCACUACAGCAGCCGGCCUCCUGGGAGCAGGUGACCUGCGUGAAAACAGAGGAGUACUCAUUGCCUUCAGAAUCGAGCCACAAGUACAUCAACACUUACCCCACGAGGACACUGGUCAUGUAGACGGAGACGCGGGUGGACCUGUGCCGGGACGCAGCGUCGCGGGAUUCAUAUUUGUUGUGGUACAACAGUUGGGAGAGGCGCUUCACGCCACCGGUGUUUUUACACUCACACUCGUUGGAUUUCAACCAACCAAAGACUUUUACUUUUUUUUAUAUCUGGAAUCUUUUUAUACAAAGUUUGCUUUGGGUUUUUUUUAUUUUAUAUAUAUAAAUCUACAUCAUAUCUCUUUUGUUCUUGUCUCUGUAUUAUAAUUAUUGAUGUUGUAUUAUAAAUGGGGAAAUGGUGACUAUGUUUUCAUUGGGCUGUAUUAAUAAUUGCUAAUUUUGAUAUUAAUAUAAAGAACAAGUUGGUUAAUUUAUUUGUUUUUUUUUGUUAUUGUUAUUGUUUUACAAUUGGCCAAUGGAGCAGUGUUUAAUUGUAAGUAUUUAAGCCCUUUUAGCAUUAUACAUCCAAAGGCAUAUUCAUGAUUUCAAAACUGACCUCGGUAUUUCACGUCGCGAUCUUUUCUGUUUCAGCUCUGUUGUUUAUUUUCGUUUACAGGCUGUUAAUGGGUCGACUCAGAAUUUCAAGUGUUUGGCCCAUGAUACCUUGAGUUAAACACUGCUGAACAAGAACCGCUUAGUCUGUUCUUUACGUAAUAAAAAAAAAACAAACAAACUAUGAAUUACCACAUUUUAUGCAACACAAAGGAACAAGCCUUUUUAGUAUUACCUGACCACCACACUGACAAGUUCUUCUUUUUUUUUUAUUUUCAUAUAAAUCGAGUUUUCAUUUCAAUUUUUGAUAUGUUUUUUCUGGCCUUCAAAGCAUUUUAUGUCAGGAAACGUCAAAGGAACAAACUGCUAUAUUUGUUAAGAUUUAUGUUGAGUCUAUUUAAAGAUUUUAAAGUCAGAAUUGAACAUCUGUUUGAUACAAUGAGCUUCACCCAGUAACAGUAAGACCAAGCUGUACUUGGUUGUUAUGUCCA